AUGCAUGUUAAAAACACAUUGACUACCAGUUCUGUUGUGAUGAACGCCACAAAGAGGCCAUUCCCACCUGGAGAAUAUAAGUUCAGGACUAGCAUCAAGGAUGAAUGGCCUGAGUGGCUUACCACUACACCCAACACACAUAAUGGCUGGUAUGAUUGCCACUAUGAGACGGCGGCCCCAGAUGAAGUAGCAACGGAGAAUCUGGUAGAGGUUUAG